AUGGCUAGAGAGAGCAAUGCUCCAGUCGAAGGCGUGACCCCCCGGAAGACAAAUGAGCAGUCUCAAAGCUCCGCCUCCCAACAUCCGGAGUUUGGCAGACCUUCGCCGAUGGGACAACCUCAACGCCAACAGCCACCCCAGCGUCCACAACAGCCUCAGCCUCGCCCGGUUACCUCCAACCACCCCUUCAAUAUUCCGAAGUCCAAUCAUUCAAGGCCUGAGCACCAUCGCCCCGUCCCUCGUCCAAAUUCCUCCUUUGCUACCCAACAACACGGAUCAUCCCACUACCGACCACAAGGUGCGCCAACACCAGGUGCGGGCAUGGCAACGCCCUCUGCGAAGCGACCAUUUGACCCAUUCAAGCCAGUCAGGCCCUCGGCAUACAAUGACCACCGCUCCUCGUAUCAAACGGGCGCCACACCCAUUAAACGCCCCCAACAAAUCAACUACACAACACCGGCUGCCCCGCGCGCUAUCUUUCAGUCCAAAGCAGGUCCACCCAAAGUAUCAAAUGCAUCGAAGAAUCUUCAGGCUUUUAUAGACUUGACCCAGGAUGACCCUCACCAGACUCAUAGGGACUCCCAGAGUACUAGCUAUGGGCCUAGCUUCGGCGCCAUGGACGUCAAUAGUUACGUUGAUACUGAGAAGGCGAAUGAAAACAUCAAAGCUCUUCUGGAAGGUGCCUUUGAGGACGACGAGGAGGGGAAGCCUGUCAAGUCCAAAUCCAAGAAGAAGGGCAAGAAGAAGCUAUCAAAGAAGGCGAAGGCUGCAGAGAAGGUCAAGUCUACUGAACCCGCCAAGGCGGAGAAAAAGGACGCAAGUGACGACUUGGACGAUCUGGCUGCCCAACUUGAAGGCGUUACUGUCAAUGAUACAAAAACAGCUGAACCGAAGCCCAAGGAGCUUGAUAUCAAGGUGCCCGGUACCUCGGAAGAAGCAUCGAAAUCAGACUCGGAGGCAGCGGAGAGGAGCGAUGUUGUCGACUCAGAGGGUGAGGAUGAGGAAGAUGAUGCAGAGGCUGAGAAUGACGAAGAAGACGAUGAAGAAGAAGAAGAAGACGACGACGAAGAUGCAAUCAUCCCAGGCUUGAAAGUCAAUCUUCUACCUCAUCAAGUCGAGGGCGUCAAAUGGAUGUGCAACAAAGAAACGGGCCAACGUACAACCAAGGGGAUUUAUCCCAAAGGUGGAAUUCUCGCCGACGACAUGGGUCUUGGAAAAACUGUCCAAGCCAUCGCCCUGAUUCUCCAAAACAACAAAUCCGAAUACGAAAACAGCGAUAAAUUCGAUUCAUCUGCGGCCAAGAAAGACGAUUAUGCACUGCCGACCGCCACACUCAGCAAGACCACACUCGUCGUGGCACCGUUAGCGCUAAUCAAACAAUGGGAAGGAGAGAUUCUCGAUAAAAUUGAGAAAACACACAGACUUCGUGUUUGUGUGUAUCACGGCACAAACCGUGCGAAGACAGCCACUUCGCUGGGUGAUUACGAUGUUGUAAUUACGACUUACGGAACUCUCACAUCAGAGUCUGGAACAGCUGCCGCAGACAAGGCUAAGAAGUCUGGAAUCUUCUCUGUUUAUUGGUAUCGCGUCAUUCUCGACGAGGCUCACACUAUCAAGAACCGGAACGCAAAAGCUACUCAGGCAGCCUAUUCUCUUGAUGCCAAGUUCCGCUGGUGCUUGACCGGAACUCCGAUGCAGAAUAACCUUGAUGAGUUGCAGAGUCUGAUAAGAUUCCUCCGGAUCAAGCCAUACGACGAACUGGCUGCUUGGAGGGAUCAGAUCAGUCGUCCUCUCAACAACGGCCGUGGUGGCCUCGCUAUCCAACGCCUACAAAUCUAUCUGAAGGCUUUUAUGAAACGUCGCACCAAGGACGUCCUGAAAAACAACGACAACAUGAAGGCCGGUGCAGACGGGAAGAAUAAAAAGUCGAAUGGCUUCCAUAUCGUCAAGCGUGAAGUCAUUAGGGUGGAUGGGGAGCUUAUGGAAGGCGAAUUGAACUUCUAUAAACGCCUCGAAAAACGGACGGAAAACAGAUUGGAGGAAAUGAUGGGGGGCAAGCUUGACUACGCUGGAGCGUUGGUCUUGCUCUUGCGUCUUCGUCAAGCUUGCAACCACCCCGAUCUGGUCAAGAGUGACUUGGCUGCGGAUAAGGACGUCCUUUUGCAGAAUGGCAACACUGGUAGUCAGUCUAAGGAGACGAAAUCGAAUGAACUGGAUGACGUGGCCGAUCUUUUCGGUGCUUUGAGUGUUGUCACGAAGAAAUGCGAUGUUUGCCAGACCGAGCUCAGUCAGGAAGAGGGAAAGAGUGGCGCAAGCCGCUGCGGCGAGUGCGAGACCAACUUGAAUACCGAUUUCAUGACCAAGACCAAGAAGGACAAGUCAAAGAAGAAGAAGGCAAAUCGACACCGCAAGGAAACCGCCCCGGAAGCCGACCCUCAAGCCGCACGAUCCCGCAAGAACCGACGUGUCAUUCUGGAUAGUGAUGACGAGGAGGAGGAUGCUGAGUGGAUUGUCCCAGAAGACAAACGUGAUAUGCCAAACCUCGGCAAGGCUGGAGGCUCUGAUGAUGAAGAUGCCGAAGGCGGGGGAGACUGGCUGGGCGUAUCUGACUCGGAUACAGAAGACGAGAUUGAUUCUCCUUCACGCAAGAAGAGCCAGCCUAUCAUUCUCAGCGAUUCUGGAGAUGAAACAGCUUCCGGGUCCGAAUCCGACGAGGAUAUCUACGAAACCCCGGAGGCAGCUGACGGUGUGCUGCCUUCAACCAAGAUCCGCCAAUUGAUGAAGAUUCUCAACAAAGAGUCGGCGGACUACAAAUUCAUCGUGUUCUCGGUCUUCACAUCUAUGCUCGACAAAGUUGAGCCCUUCUUGAAGCGCGCCAAUAUUGGCUUCGCUCGUUAUGAUGGUGGAAUGAGGAAUGAUCACCGCGAGGCGAGUCUGAACAAGCUUCGCAAUAACAGCGGUACCCGUGUGCUUCUCUGCAGUUUGCGGGCUGGUGCCCUUGGACUCAAUUUGACCGCAGCCAGCCGCGUCGUGAUUAUGGAGCCUUUCUGGAACCCCUUCGUGGAAGAACAAGCCAUCGAUCGCGUUCACCGCCUCAAUCAGACAGUUGACGUCAAGAUCUACAGAAUGAUCAUCAAAAACAGUGUCGAGGAGCGAAUCGUCGACCUCCAAAAUCGAAAGCGCGAACUCGCCAAUAUGACCAUUGAGGGCAAGUCUGCCGCAGGCAAGCUGACCAUGCGCGACAUGAUGGCCCUGUUUGGUCGGGAUGCAGAGUCUCGUUUCGAGGACAAGCAGGAUACGUUGGAUUUCAAGAAGCCGAGCGUUCUCCGGGGACCUGACGAAGACAAAGAUUAUGCGCCUUCUUCACAGAAUUCAGUACGUUCUGAUUCCCGAGAUCAGGCGCGGCGACAACAGUCGAAUCGUUCCAGUCCAGAGGACUCGGUUUAUGGUCGGCGUUGGUAG